UUAUAUUCAAAAAACACGACAAAAUAUCCUACAUUUUUAACACAAAUUGUUUCCACAAAACACAUUCCAGAUAGUUUUGUAAUUAUACCCGCCAAAAUCUACAGCCAAAUUUUACAACCAUGAUGCUUGGCGGACUUUUGGGCGGAGGCCUCAUACCUUCACAAAACCUCUAUGACCCAAUAUCGUCGCAGCGGAUAGUCCUGCAACGCAAUGCCAACUACGUACUGCGCGUGCGCGCAGGACCUGAUAUGCAGCACCUCGAGACUAUAGACGUCAACUACGAGCGAACACCGAUGCUGAUCGACACGCCGCACUUCAAGGGCUAUAUUACCGUGCGCGUCUUUGGAUUCAACGGACUCAUGUCCGAUCCAUGCCACCCACCGCCCGCGCAGGCCGAGUACUUUGCCAACGGGUUCAGCCGCAAGGCCCUCUAUUCAAUCCAGGUUGUUGGCCAGUUUAUAGGCCACGGGUUGACCGCCGAUAAUAUAAUGUUUGGCAAUUAUUUCGAUCAACGUCUCCCGCUUCCGCCCUUCACGGGUCUUUUUGAGUGGUUCAUGAGGCGCAUGGACCGGACUCUUGUCCUGGACAUGAAAUCUGACACACCCUCGGCUACCAGCCCGCUGCUAUCCACCGUGCAAAAGCUAUCCUACUGGAAGAGCGACUUGCAUGGCUCAGAGAGAGAGCAGGUUCCCGAGAUAAACAACAAGAUCAUCCGCCAAAUCCAGCCCAUCGACGGCGCCUUUGACUCGGACGGUCGCGUAGCCGAGUACUUCCCCAUCAAGGAUACGUUGAACAAGGACAGCAAGAAACGCCGCCGACAUUUUGAGAAAUCCUCCCGCCGGCAGCGCUGGAAGAUCAAACCCGAUGAGACAUAUGCGUUUGAUUUUUAUUCGCCCUUCAUUGAUGUCAACCACCAGUGCGUUCGUAUGCCUAAUUCAGUCGUCGAGCCAAUGCCAUUUUUCAACGGCGAUAUGCCCUUGCGCUAUGAGUGCCGCACGAGGGAUAAUCGCCGGACAUUCUUUAUUGUGCAGUUUGAGCUGAUCCCGGCUUCGAGGACCCGACCACUCAGCUCGCUCCACCAUGGCGAUCGGCCCAGGCGCCAGUACCGCGACAGUGGCUAUGAGAGAGAGAUUCUUGAUCCCCCUCCUCCGUAUACUGAAGAGGCGUAGAUUAGAUCAGGCGCUUGCAUGUGGGUGGCCGCGGAAUGAGUUUUUUGCGUGUCUAUCACUCACGUGUAAAAAAAUAACAGUAAAAAUAAUCGGGAAUACAUUUUUUUAAAAAUUCAUGUGAAUAUCAAUUUAUCAAUUAAAAUAG